AAAAAACCAAAGAGAGGGAGGAACAGCCACAGCGCUGUGCUUCCUGUCGUUUUGGCUCUCUAGUGUUAGCCUUAAAAAUAAUAUUAAAAAAGUGUAAAGAAGAAAACAAAAAAUAUAAUACAAAAUUUAAUAAAUAACAAUAAUAAAAUAUACAAGUGUACUGAUAAAAAGUUAAUACUCAUGAUUUAAGGAAUAUACUGGAUUAAUGUGAAGUGUUAAUUAAAGUGUAUACAUAUAAGUAAUUGAUAAUUAAUAUAUGAAAUAAUAAUAUAAAUAUUUAGAGGUUUACUAGACCGAAUGUAUUCUCAAUGCAAUGAAAAUGGUGAAGUGUGGAGUAAAGUGGGCAUUGAGUAAGGCCUUCGACAUAUCAAAUCAUGACAGAGGCCUCGGAAGAUGGUAAUUAUCUGGUAAGGGUCCGGGCCCAGGUGAUGACAAGGGAUGAUAGUUCUGGUGGUUGGGUACCACUUAGUGGUGGUGGUCUUGCAAAUGUAUCUGUAAGACGUAGAGCAACAUCAUCAAGUGGUACUGGAAGUACAAAUGUUGGUACAACUACUGUUACAAAUGGAUCAUCAACUGGUACAUCACCAAAUAAUAGUGGUAAUAAUAAUAAUGGUGGUAAUGGUAGUGGUGCUGGAGCUACUAGUGUGACUGCUACUGCUGGUACUGCUACUGCUGCUAGUCAAAGUUCAUCAAGUACAUCACCACCAAGUGCAGCUAAAAAAAAACAUGAAUAUCUUAUUUAUGGAAAAAGAAUAACAGAUCAAUCAGUUGUUCUUAGUUGCACAAUUAAAAAAGACUUUCAAUAUAAUAAAGUCAUGCCAACGUUUCAUCAUUGGCGUACUGGUGAAAAAAAAUUUGGUUUAACAUUUCAAACAGCAGCUGAUGCUAGAGCAUUUGAUAAAGGUGUACGUACAGCAGUUGAAGAACUCUUAGAAGGUUUAACAGAUACAGCAUUACGAUCACACUCGGAUGUUGGUGAUGACAGUGUGUUUAUGGCUAUAAAUUUACCAGCAGAACCACCAGAUCCACGUCAAUCAAAUGAACAAUCAUCACGAACAAUACGUUCACAAUAUUGUAAUGAUUUAUCAGAUUCUCAUAAAUCAAUUCAUUAUAUAAAUAGUAGUACAUCAACAAAAGUAUUAUCAUCACAUAAUCAUCCACUUGAAUCAAGUGGUGAUAUUGGUACAGAUAAUUGUCCAUAUGUACAAUUAACAACUCUAAGUCAUGAUUAUCUUUAUCCAGUACUUGAAGAUCAUAAAACUCAAAAUAAUCAAAGUGAACGUAGAACAUCAACUGGUUCAUUUAAAAAACCAGAUAUUAUUGAUUCACAACCAACUAAAAUUAUUGGUAAACAUGAUAAUACAAGAUUAAGAUGUAAAUAUUGUCAAAGAAUAUAUUCAGAUGAUGAUAAUCCACGUGGUUCAUGUGAAUAUGCACCAGAUAAAAUUGGCAAAGCAAUUGAUACUGUAUCAUGUUUGAUAUGUGCAAGAUGUAUGCUUUAUCAUUGUAUGAGUGAUGCUGAAGGAGAAAAUUCCCAUAGUCUUGAACACAAUCCAUGCAUAUGCAGUACAGAGGAUGGUUGUGGUCGUCGUUGGUUUGGUUUAGCUUUGCUAUCUUUAAUUGUACCAUGUUUAUGGUUAUAUCCACCAUUACGUGCCAUUCAUUGGUGUGGUAUGGCCUGCAGUAUUUGCGGUGGUCGUCAUCAUCAAAUGGAAUAACUGAAAGAUCCCUUUGGUAUAUCUACACCAUUUACCAUUUAUACAUCUGAUAAUAUUUAUGAAUUUCAUGAUUUAAAUAUGGCAAGGUGUCAGAGAUAUCAAAGGGACAAAAAAUUACCUGUACAUGCACUUAUUCAUCAAGGUCAUUUGUGAAUAUUAUUAUGAUAGACACACUACACACCAAUACACACAUCUACACACAGUGCAUUAACAAUUAACAGUGCAUUAAUUAAGCAUUCUUGAUGAAUGAUUAAUUAUUAUUUAUUUAUUAUUUUAUUUUUUAAUUAAAUUAAUUAUUGUGAAUGUGAUUGUUCAAGUUGAUAACACAAAUUAUCAAAGUAAUUUUAUGAUUUUUAAGAACGUUGAUUCAUCAACAUUAAAAAUGAUAUUUUUUUUGAAAAUAAUAUGACAAUUUUAAAGGAAAUAAAUUGUUAAAGUUAUUCAUUAAAUUAUUGAAUGUGUUAAAAUAAUAAUAAUAAUUAAUUUCACAUAAUGUGAUAAGUGCUGAAUGAUUAAAAAAUAUGAGACAAUUUAGAUGAUAAAAAAAAAAAUCAUAAUAAUUAUAAUAAAUGCUUAAUUUAAAACAGACUUUUAUGCUGAAGAAAAUAAUAUCGUAAAUAAUGUUCAAAAAUUUGUUUUAAUUUGUAAUAACUAAAUUUGCUAUAAUAAUAAUAAUAUUUUUUUUUUUCUUUAUUUGUUUUUUAAUGAGUUUUUUUUUUUUUUUCGUUUUUUUUUUAUACAAUUUUUAUUGUAAGCUUUAAUAUGACAUUGUAAGUUACUAGGUGAAUUUAAUUAUUUUUAAAUUGAAUUAUUUAAUUCUGAUUUAUUAUUGUUUAAAUGAGGAAUGAGAUUUUUUUUUUUUUAAACAAAAAUUAUGAUCUGUGUAUCUAGUGGUCUGUUAGAUAUUUCUCAGCUUCAAAAUGAAGAUAAUUAAUAGUAUAAAUAAUAAUUGCGCGCAUAAGUGAAGAAAAAAUGUUAAUUUAAUUAAUAAUAUAACAACAAAAUAUUAAUAAUUAUAAUAAUAUUUAUAUUUCCAAAUUUUCUUUGCCUAUGCAAGACCAAGAUUUUUAUUUUUUAAAAAAAGUAAUUAUUUAAAUUUAAAGUUAAAAGAAAAAAAAACAAAAGGAUUCUUUUAUUAGUGUCCGAACGAACCGCUGAGUAUUUGUUUCCUGUUUAUAUAUUAUUUUGUUAUUAUUAUUUUUUUAAAUAUAAAAUGGGAACACAACUAAGCUUUAAUCGCUUAUCUUUGAAGUGACAAAUAUAUAAAAAAAAAUAAAUUGUCUGUCGUUGAAUGAAAGAAAAAAAAAAUACAAAUAUUUUACUCAAAAUUAUAUUUCGCUGGAUAAAUUAUAGAAAAAUUAAUUAAUAAAUUAAAAUAAAAUUCAGGGUAACAUGUCAAGGCCGUUAAACAAACGACAAAACCAACAUGGUAUAAAAAAAAAAAUAUAAAAUUUAAAAUAAAUAAAAACACCAAAAAAAAAAAA